AUGGGCAGGUCCGCCCGGGAAGUAUCGCUCAGCUUUGGUGCGGCGCGGGAUAGUUCACACUCGCGGACGAAGGCACAAUGGCCAAAUACGUCAUAUUCGGUGAGGUCGACUAAUGCCCACGGCAGAUUAGAGCACGCCGUACGCCACCAAUUUGCGACGCCGUUGUCGCACAAUAGCAUCAAUCAGGAGCGGUGGCUACCGAUCGAUUUCCAUCUCAGCAGCAUUAUGCUGGCAAAAUGGGAUCGCGUCCGUCUUCGGAUAUGGUUAGGAGCGGGUGGGCCGUCUAAUCCGCGGCCGGUGCCA